AGAUUCAUGCCUUUUGGUUGCACCAGUCCAUGUUUAUGCGGGCUCGCUUGAAGUAGCUGGUCAACAAACAACCGGCCUGCUAUCACGAACGUGCAUAUCUUUCGAAAAGUUUCCUGAUUGCAUUCCUUACGAGGGAGAGAAUGAAGAGCAGAGAGAUUUCGGCUUGAGCUCCGAUCGAGAAGGCAACGGGUGGUCUUGAAGCGGGUGCGAGGUCCGUAGUUUGUUUCUCAAAUCCUCGAGUGAAUCUUCGUGUUUCAAUUGUACUACUUGUUGAUUGCAAAUGCUGUGGUUGUAAAAUGCCAGUAAUUCAGAUGAGUAAUUCAAGAUUUACAAAGCCUAAAGGCUUGAAGCAUGAGCCAACCCCUUACUUGUUCAUUGCCAAUUGUGGACCAGCUGUGGGCAUACCUUUUGAAAAUAUUGAAGCUGCCUUUAGCAUUUUUGGGAAGGUCAUUGGAGUCCAUGCUGCUGAUGAAACUGGUGCCCGUGUGAUUGUUUGCUUUUCUGAAGUCAAUGCUGCCGAAGCAGCCAUUAAAAUGUUAAAUGGAUGCCCUUGUGCUGAACUUGGAGGGAGAACCUUGCACAUACGCUAUUCAGCAAUUCAGCCACCGCAAAAGGUCCAUGGUGAUAAUGUGCUUCCAGUGUCUUUCUUAGCAUCGGAUUUGGAUAUUCCAGGAAUCUAUUUGGUGCAUGAUUUUAUUACUUUGGAGGAGGAACAGGAACUUCUUGCGGAAGUUGACAGUAGGAAAUGGAUAAAUCUGGCAAAACGACGAGUUCAGCAUUAUGGCUAUGAAUUUCUAUACAAGACAAGAAAUGUUGAUUCAAAGCAGUUUUUAGGUGAGCUCCCAUAUUUUGUUUCUAACAUACUUCAGAAAAUUGUAUCAUUUCCUGGUCUUGUUGAUGAUCAGAAUAAAGAGAUGGAUCAGUUAACGGUUAAUGAAUAUCCAUGUGGGGUGGGUUUAUCCCCACACAUAGACACCCACUCAGCUUUUGAUGAACUUAUCUUCAGCCUCUCUGUUGCUGGUUCAUGCAUAAUGGAAUUCAGGAGAUAUCCUCUAGGAACUUGGCAAUUUCCAUCUGCAUCUGUUGAUGAAAUAAAUGAAGACAGCAUUCUUUUGUCUUCUAACACCAUUAGAAAAGCUAUAUUUCUUCCUUCUCGUUCUAUGCUCUUGAUGUCUGGGGAAGGGCGGUACGCUUGGAAUCAUUAUAUUCCACAUCACAAAGUUGACAUAAUAGGAGACAAGCAAAUAAGAAGAAGUUCUCGGAGGGUUUCCUUCACUUUUCGCAAGAUUAGGCAAGGACCAUGCCGCUGUGCGUACAAGCAGUACUGUGAUUCUCAACAGGAAUGUAGAGAUCAACAACUGAAUUCAGUAUAGUUGUUUCAUCCCUGAAGCUUAAUCCAAGGAGCAAUUGUUCCUGUUUUCCCAGAUAUUCGACAAGUUUGGCUGGUAGCUAUUUGUGAAUCUUUCUUGAAAAUCAACAAUCUAAUUAGUCAUUGAGAUCAAACAUUUGUAGGGACUUUCCCCUCUUAUUUUUGUUUUUAAAGAGCUCUUAUGGAAUGCGAGGCAACAGUUCUGUAGUC